UUUGCCCAAGUACCACUGCAAUCAGGGACAGGACUGACUACCAAAAUGGGCAGAAUAAUCUUUUAUGAGGACAAGAACUUCCAGGGUCGUUCCUAUGAGACCAGCAGCGACUGUGCAGAGCUCACCUCUUACCUGAGCCGCUGCAACUCCUGCAGGGUGGAGAGCGGCUGCUUUAUGGUCUACGAACGCUCCAACUUCAUGGGUCACCAGAUCCUGGUGAGGCGAGGAGAGUACCCUGACAACCAGAGGCUCAUGGGGAUGAGUAUGAGCGACUGCAUCCGCUCCUGCCGCAUAAUCCCCAUGCACAGAGGUCCAUUCAGGAUGAGGAUCUAUGAGAGGGAGAACUUUAGUGGUCAGAUGAACGAGCUGAUGGACGACUGUGACUCCAUCCAGGAGCGUUACCGCAUGUCCGACUGCCAGUCUGUCCAUGUGAUGGACGGCCACUGGCUGCUUUAUGAGCAGCCCAGCUUCAGAGGCAGGAUGCUGUACCUGAGACCCGGAGAGUACCGGAGCAUGAGGGACAUGGGAACGGGCCCCAUGGACAUGCGGAUCGGCUCCAUCGGACGCAUCAUGGAAUCCUGUUACAAGUAUAAAAGUAACAGUAGCCAGUGCCAGGACCACACAUCAGCCACAGUUCAGUCCUAUAGGAACCAACUGAAGUGUAGGAUCAUGGGCAAGAUCAUCUUUUACGAGGACAGGAACUUCCAGGGUCGCUUCUAUGAGACCAGCAGCGACUGUGCAGAGCUCACCUCCUUUCUGACCAGGUGUCACUCCUGCAGGGUGGAGAGCGGCUGCUUCAUGGUCUACGACCGCCCAAACUACAUGGGAAACCAGUACUUCAUGAGGAGGGGCGAGUACGCUGACUACAUGAGCAUGAUGGGAAUGUCUGACUGCAUCAGGUCCUGCCGUAUGAUCCCCAUGUACAGGGGAUCCUACAGGAUGAGGAUCUAUGAGAGGGAGAACUUCGGUGGUCAGAUGCAUGAGUGCAUGGACGACUGUGACUCCUUCAUGGAUCGCUAUCGCAUGUCCAACUGCAUGUCCUGCCAUGUGAUGGAUGGCCACUGGCUGAUGUACGAACAGCCCCAUUACAAAGGCAGGAUGAUGUACCUGAGGCCUGGAGAGUACAGGAGCUUCAGGGAGAUGGGAUAUGGAGGAACCAGGUUCAUGAGCAUGAGGAGGAUCAUAGAUUCCUACCACUAAAUUCCAAUAAAGUUAUCCAUUCUCUUUUCUA